UGGCAGGCACACACUUCUUUCAAAGAAAACAGGUGCCAACGGCGAACGUGCUGUCGAGUACCGUUGUCGGAUCGCACGCGAGUGAGACACACAAUAGUGGUGUAACAAUAAAAAACGAAAUAUCCUAAGAAAAUAUCCUUAUCCCCAAAGCUUAUUGAGGCACCCACCCUUUACGUGAAUGCGAUUCACGAACGAUUAUUUGUUUGGAAACGAUGACAAGAAAUACAAAAUAGACAAACAUUGCAACCGUAACAAUUAGAAAACACUUCAAUAUUUUCAAUAAUAAUCGUUAUUCGCAAAAAUAUCAUUCCGUCCAUGCGAAGAAUCGGAAAGGUUAGUCGCGAGUUCAAACUUCCCGCGCGUCAUUUCUUCCCUUCCCGCCCUUCCAUUCAGCGUACGCGUCGAUCAAGUAUAUAAAACGUAAGGGCCCGCGAGUAGCCGCACGCGACACGACAAAGAUGUGACGCAAUUUGGACGUUCCUUUUACCGGCCCUUUCGGAAGUGAGCGCGGAAAGAGGAAGAGCGAGAUAUAGAAUCAAUUUUUACUUUUCCUUUUUUUUUUUCUUUCCUAAAAGUAAAUAAAAAUGACAGCGAAACGUUUAUCGAUAAUGAAGGUAUUAUUUCUUUUGACGAUUUUUAUACUUGAGCUGAUCUACGCCAAGGAUGGAUCGACAUUGGAAUACGAGGAUUUUCUUACAACCACCGAGAGCUACGUUCAUCUUCGCGUCGACAGAGAAACAACUGAGGAGGAAGACAAAGUUCAAGGUCUGGUGUCCUCGAGUACGGAGAUAUACUCGGUUGAAGUACUCUCCUCGAAAGCUAAGAGGGAACAGGUCCUACGAAACAUUCUUGCAGCACGAAGACGACGAAUGUCGAAGCAACGUAACAGCCGUCUCAUCGAUGUCACUCUAAAGUAUCCACCAGACAUCCUGGAGGCACAGGAGACGAAACACGAAGUCUAUGCCAGUGUUUCUCUACCGAAGAACGGGACCGACGUUGACAAGGAAACGUUGGGAGCAACGAUGGAAGAGAACCUAACGACGUUGAUGAGUGAACGCAACGAGAACACCGAGUCCACAAUGACAAUGGCGCCAGUAACGAGCAUUCCUUUCAAGUCUUUGGAAGCUGAUAAUGUCCGUAGAAAAAAUACAGUCUCCAUGCCGGAGUCCCUUUACAAGCACUUUAGACCAGUUGAAAGUAACAUUCCGAUGGAGGACAUGUCGCAGUUUUUGUAUUUUGGUCAGAAACUACAACCAGAGCUGCAGAACGUAACAACAAUUGUUAACGAUUCGAACGAGCUUGUCUCAGUCACUCCAACCUUAAGAAGGAGAAACCCUACCAAGAGAACAAGCUUGUCUUCUUCUACAACGACAACGACACCGACGACAACGACAACGACAACGACAACGACAACAUCUCCACCUGAAGAAACCAAUGUUGCUUUGGAAAGACGCAUAAUCGAAAAGAACAAAGUAUCUAAGACGACUAAAAGCACGUUACGAGAUUUGCCGAAUUCGUAUUACAGGAAAGCAAGAUUGUCGGAUUCCACGAUCGCUACGAACGUGAUCCCUAGCAAGGACAUGACACAAAAUAAUAACAUGACAAAGUUGGAAGAGCAAGUGGAGGAGCGGAGCAGGGAUAAAGAUAGUGUUCAGAAGACAAAAGUGUCAAGAGGGAGUUUUCGGAGAAGUAAGAAGGUAGAAGAUAUCGAAGAAAAAGGAGAAAUUAAUGAUGGUUCCGAGUACCGUUCGAAGGAUGAUAAGAAGUCUCGUGAGAAUAACAGUAUCGACGAGAGUACGACCCGUUCAACGACUUUAAGAAUCGUCGUGAUAGAACCAGAGCCGACGACGACGACGACGACGACGACGUCGAGGAGCAGAACGCAAGAAACCCGGCGGCAUCAACCGCAACACGUGUACGCGUAUACGAUAACCAACGUGACAAGACUGUUGCGCAACUACACCGGACCUGGGCAAAGUGGAGAGAAUGAAGUAAGAGGAAGAGGAAGAGCUGACGAAGUAGGAAGCUCUCGGAGGAAUAAUGCUUCUAGCGAGAUAACGAACACCAGGGUAGAGUCACCGUCGACGGCGGAGGCUUCUGCUGGCGUCAGCGACGAACCCUCACAAUCCAGUGGACUCAGUACUGGCAGGAGCGUCGAAGCGGUUGGAAGACCGAGGACGAUCGGUACUCCCUCAUUGGUGGGGGAACGACGAAGAAAAGUUGUUGCGAGCGGUGGGCACCGAGCCGGCGUUCAGUCAGCGCCGCAACGCGCACCCGUGAGAAUCGUGAGCGCUCUUACUCGAAAUAGACAACACUAUCAGCAACAUUUGUCUGAUCGAGUAGCCCUCGUUAUCGACGAACCACCUACUACCGCGGAUCAUCAUCAUCGAAGUUUUAUACGAAAAUCAGCUAGCGCUGUUUUACGCACCGGUGUGGUGAACCCAAUUGACACGAGCCCGGAAGCAAUGCCUUCCACGGGCACGCGAGAUUCCCUUCUCCUCGACGCUGACAGAAAAAAUUACCUUCAUCUGGAGCGUCCAGAGGAUGAAUCUCGUCCUGAAAAUGAAACCUCCUUGAAGCCCAAUCAAACAUUCGGGAAUAUACUUACAACGAAUGAAAGUUUGUUAGCUUUGAACGUACCGGAAGAAACAACUAUCGUCGAUCUUCUUACAUUGAUCGAGAACCUCUCCGAGUCCGAUACCAAAGACGAAGUUCCGAAGGAGAGUAACUACGAGAAUUCAACUACGACAACAAUAAUGACGGAAGUCACAACUAGUGCACCCGUCUCUCCGGUUACAUCCAAGUUACUUGCCGAAACAACAUCGAGUAAUAAUCGUAUGACCACCAAAGAGACUCCCACCUCUACUUCGACGGAAUCUCUUAAUCGAUUAAAUCCUAGUAGGAAACCAGAUCAAGACAGACCUUUCGGUUUAGCAGCCGAUCUUGAUCCAUCAGAAAUUCAAAAAAUGUAUAGAUCGCAAAACACUUCGAGUACGGAGAGUAAUACUCUUCCGAAUUUGGAAACUUCUACCAUUUCGACGACGACGAGUCAAUUACCUAUUCAAAUUGGACAAAAACAUAUACACGAAAUGCAUGAAAACAGAGGGCGCAGUCUUUCUGACAAAACAAAACAGGAAGACGAUGUGCUCCCUAUAAUGCAACUCUACAACACUUCAGACAUUUUCAACGAUAGCAGCACCCUCGGUCCUGCUACUCGUACGGUCGAACUUCCCUUAGAGGAAAGCAAUACGACUAAAGACGUGCAAGAGUCUCCAGCUUCUCGAUAUACCACUCCUUCUGCUAGCAGCAAACCUACCGUUAAACCCACUCCUAAAUCCAUCCCUAAAACUACUCCUAGAACCGCUCCCAAACCUACAAGCACAUCUUCCACUUUCAUUAACAGGACAAGAUAUAAAUCGAGUUAUCCUAAUCGCUCCAUUAUAUCGGAUUAUUCUGACUUAGGGUAUCAACCUAUCGAAUUUAAUAGGACGUUCUUUGAUAGUGGUUCGAUCGCUGUUAGCCCACGAGAAUCAGUGAAUAUCAGUGAAGUGACCAAGAGACACGAUGGUGAUGCUAUCGCGUCUCAAGAAACAGUAGCUGUAGUCAGCUAUAUUUUGGCUACUCUCGUCGUAUUUCCAAUUGCCGUUGGCGUUGGACUCAUUUUAAGAAGACUGAUCAUUAGGAAUCGUAAGGUGCUCGAAGAAUCGGACACGUCAUCCGAGAUAAGUUACAGAAAGGAUGCUCUUAAUCUUGAAAAUGGUGAUUUUAAAACGUCCAUAGAAAAAGCGAUUACAAAACUACCGAGGAUACAACAUUUGUGUCACGAAGCAGAGAAACCACCACCACCUUUCUCGCAAGAAUCCAGAUGGGAGUUUCCUAGAGAUAAGCUUAGGUUACAGACGGUCCUCGGGCAAGGAAACUUUGGACAGGUUUGGAAAGCCGAAGCCGAUGAUUUGACUGGUCAUCAGGGUACAACGAGAUUGGUGGCUGUGAAAACUGUAAAAGAAGGUGCUUCAGAACGAGAAAAAGAAGAUCUUGUUCGAGAACUAGAAAUCAUGCAACAACUUGGUAGUCAUCCGAACGUUGUAACACUUUUAGGUUGUUGCACCGAAGAGGAGCCCCAUUACUUGAUACUAGAAUACGUAAUGUAUGGAAAGCUGUUGGCUUAUCUACGCGAUCACCGCACCAGGCAGGACUUUUACAAUUUCAGUGAGGACUCGGCGGCCCUGACAUCGAGAGAUCUGACGGUAUUCGGAUACUGCGUUGCACGAGGCAUGGAAUAUCUCGCGUCAAAAAAGAUAAUUCAUCGCGAUCUAGCAGCCAGAAACGUCUUAGUUGAUCAUAACAAACUCUGCAAGAUCGCGGAUUUCGGAAUGUCGAGAUUUGCGAAUAAAGAUGGCGAGGUGAUCGAAACUAGACACGGUAGAAAUGCAUUGCCGAUAAGAUGGAUGGCACCAGAAUCAUUGAUUUAUUCUCUUUUUACUACGAAAACCGACGUAUGGAGCUUCGGCAUUUUAAUGUGGGAAAUAGUAACCCUCGGGUCAACGCCGUACCCGGAUAUGACGGCAAGGGAAGUCAUGCGGAACGUGCAAAACGGUUAUCGCCUCGAGAGACCGUCCCACUGUCGAAGCGAGCUCUUCAGGGUGAUAUCCCGAUGUUGGCACGCUGAUCCUAACCGCAGACCAGAGUUUCAGAUUCUCAGGAGAGAUCUGGCACAGCUACUCGAGGACAAUAUGAACGGUCACUACGUCGAUCUCGAGAGUUUUGCUUCCGAGUGCACCGACUGACGCCAUUUCGAAUAAACUCACCCUACUUUUUAUUCUAUUUUUUUCUUUUCUUUCUUUCCUAAACUUCGAUAUUCUUAUAUUUACCUCGAAUUAAAGAGGUCUGAAUGAUUUUAGGUUCUAUUAUAUCGAAGAUAACCGAGUUUAAAUUAUAACAGACACAGUUUGCCAUUUUGAUGCCGAAUUUUACGCGCGUCGAGGUAAACGAGACAAGAUUUUUCUUCAUUUAAUUCUUUCUUCCUUUCAUAUAUAUUAUAUAUCCUGCGAUAAAAUCAAAUCACGUUUAUACUCAGGAAAAGAUUUAAAUGUGAACAAAAGAGGUGAAAGAAUUAAAUCCUCUUUAUCAUAGAUUUAUAUCCGUCCAGAAUAUUUUUUUCUUUUAAACGAGUGUAUCGUUAUUGUUAUUCGAUUGUGAAGCAUUGUGUAUCACAGGAACCAUUAGUUAAGGGUUCAAAAUGUGCUAUAAUAUUAAUUUAUUUGUUAGGUACGUAAUAUUAAUUAUCAUAAACAAGACAAACUCGACAAUAACACUGCAUCGUGUUUUUACAAAGAUUCUUUCACGAUAUUCAUAUCUUAUUUCUCCUCGUCAUUUGUGUAUUUCGUUGUCGCGAAAUUGUAUAUAUUAUUAAAGUUACAAGCGUAUCGUUAUAUUAUAUAUAUAUAAAUAGAUACAAAAAAUAUAUGUAUUUUGUUUAACGUAAUUACCCUUAAUCAAAAAAAAAAAGCAAAAGGUACGAAUGUUUAUCUUACGUUUUCCAUCAGUUUAUAACUAUUGUAUCAAUAUUAUUCCAUCCUCGUAUCAUUAUGAUUAUUUUAGAUUUCGUUAUUAUUAUAAUAAGUAGAAGGUUAGAUUUCUAUAGUUGCGAGCGUUUAUUUUUAAUCAUUCUAGUCUUUCGACACAUUUGGAGUAUCGAUUGGUUAUCAUUCACGGAUUAUCAUUUAUUUUAUCUCCUUAUUUUCUCGAUUUAUUCAAAAAAUAAAAUAAAUAGCCGUUCUAAACAAGAUGAACCGUUAAAAAUCGAUCGGAACUCCAAAGUAGUCAGUUGAUUAUUUCAUUAAGUUUUAAUUUUACAAUUGGUAUAAUAGUUAUUGCGUAUCUUGACAAGACCGAAUUUUCUCGAUCGUUCGAGAGAUCGCUUAAAAAGAAAAAAUAAUAAAAGAAACAAUGUAUAACUCGACUAUCGUAUUAAGAAAGUUUUUUGUCUUUUAUCUUUUGUCAGUAAACGUUAUUGAUUUUUCAAUGGAG